GUGCAGUGACAUGACUGAUACAUCAGCGGACUUCAUGAACUUGUGAGUUGAUUUGCAACAUGUCAUCUGGAGAAGUGACUUCGUCUCUCUGCUUCUUCGUCAACGGAAAAAAGGUGACAGAAGGAGAUGCGGAUCCUGAGACGACCCUGCUCUCCUACCUCAGGGAAAGACUCCGCUUGACAGGAACCAAGUAUGGCUGUGGCGGUGGAGGCUGUGGGGCGUGCACUGUCAUGGUGUCCAAAUAUCACCGCAACUCGAAAACAAUCACGCAUUACACGGCCAACGCCUGUCUUCUGCCGCUCUGCCAGCUGCACGGCGCCGCUGUCACCACGGUGGAGGGCAUCGGCAGCACCAAGACCCGGAUGCAUCCAGUUCAGGAGAGGCUUGCCAAGGCUCACGGAUCCCAGUGUGGCUUCUGCACACCGGGCAUGGUGAUGUCCAUGUAUACGCUGCUGAGGAAUAAACCUCAGCCCAGUCUGAGCGACGUCACCGAGGCGCUGGACGGGAAUCUGUGUCGCUGCACUGGAUAUCGACCCAUUAUUGACGGCUGCCGCACGUUCUGUCAGGAGGAGAACUGUUGUCAAUUGAACGGAGUCAUGGGAAGCUGUUGCCAGAAUGGUGAAGAAAAUUCAUCUGAAACGGCAUCACACAUUUUGUUCGACAAAGAUGAGUUUGCUCCCCUCGACCCGACCCAGGAGCUGAUCUUUCCUCCAGAACUGAUUCUGAUGAUGGAGUCAGAAACCCCACAAACCCUCUUGUUUCGUGGGGAGAGGUCUGCAUGGGUGUCCCCAGUCUCACUGGAGGAGCUGGUCCAGCUGAAGAGCAAGAACCCAGAAGCCCCUCUGUUGAUGGGAAACACCCACAUUGGUCCAGAGAUGAAGUUCCGAGGAGUGACCCAUCCACUGGUGAUCUCCUGCGGCAGCGUGUCACCACUGUUUGAUGUCACUGAGACGAGUCAGGGCGUUUGGGUCGGAGCCGGCUGCACUCUGUCUGAGGUUCGCGCUCUUCUGCAGAAGCUCAUGCAGCAGCACCAGGAGGAGAAGACAGAAGUGUUCCGAGCGCUGGUCCAGCAGCUGGGAAAUUUAGGAAGCACGCAGAUCAGGAAUGUUGCUUCUCUAGGGGGACACAUCAUGAGUGCAUAUCCAAACUCGGACCUGAACCCCGUUCUGGCAGCAGGCACCUGCAGAGUUAGCUGCAUCUCAGCGGGAGGACGACGAGAACUUUCUUUGGACCAGGAUUUUUUCAUAAACUUCCGAAAAACUGCCUUGAAAUCCGAUGAGAUUCUUCUGUCGGUUUUUAUUCCCUUCAGCAGAAAGGGGGAGUUUGUGCGCGCUUUCCGACAGGCUCCAAGAAAGAAGAGCGCUUUUGCCACUGUGACAACAGGGAUGAGGGUGUGUUUUUCAGAGGGAUCCCAGCUUGUGAAUGAUCUUAGCAUCUAUUACGGUGGAGUUGGACCAGUCACCGUCAGCGCUGCCAAAACCUGCGCCGCCAUCAUCAACAGGCCGUGGAACGAGGAAACCCUUAACCGGGCCUAUGACAUUCUCCUGGAUGAGAUAGAAAUUCCUUUGUCAGCUCCUGGGGGAAAGGUGGAAUUCCGGCGUUCACUGACCCUCAGCUUCCUCUUCAAGUUCAAUCUGGAGGUUAUGCAGCAGCUCAGCAGACUGAACGUGAUCACAGAGGAACCAGAAAAGAUCUCUCCAUUGCCAAGUGAGAUCCAGCCCAGUGUCCAGGAGUUCCAGCAUGUUGCAAAAGGACAAAGUGAGCAGGACCCUGUGGGGCGUCCCAUCAUGCACCGCACUGCUCUCAGCCAGGCCACUGGGGAGGCAGUCUACUGCGAUGACAUCCCAAAGAUUGACGGGGAGCAUUAUAUGGCUCUGGUCACCAGCACCCACGCACACGCUAAGAUUGUAGGUCUGGAGGUGAGUGAUGCACUACAGCUCCCUGGUGUUGUCGAUGUCAUCACAUCCAAAGAUAUCCCGGGCAAGAAGGUCCGCUCUCUGUGCGGAUAUGAUGAAGAAGUGCUGGCUGGAGAUCAGGUUUCCUGUGUGGGUCAGAUGGUGUGUGCUGUUGUGGCUGACACAAAAGAACAUGCCAAACGUGGUGCUGCCGCGGUGAAGGUCCAUUACCAAGAUCUGCCGGAUCCGGUGUUCACUGUUCAGCAAGCAGUGGAGAAGUCCUCAUACUACGAGCCUCGCAGGUCCAUCAAUUUUGGGAACAUGACUGAGGGUUUUGAAAUGGCUGAUCACAUACAUGAAGGAGAGAUCCAAAUUGGAGGCCAGGAACAUUUCUAUAUCGAGACUCAGAGCAUGUUGGUGGUUCCAGUUGGGGAGGAGAGGGAGUUCAAAGUGUAUGUCUCGUCUCAGUGGCCAACCCUGGCUCAGGAGGCUGUAGCCGAGUCACUGGGGAUCCCAGCUAACCGAGUCUCCUGCCAUGUUAAAAGAGUAGGUGGCGGUUUUGGGGGGAAAAUAACCAAGACCUCAAUCCUGGCCAGUGUAACCGCAGUGGCUGCCUGGAAGACCAAUCGCCCCAUUCGCUGCGUUCUUGAGCGAGGCGAUGACAUGCUCAUCACUGGUGGGAGACACCCAGUUUUGGGGCGAUACAAGGUGGGCUUCAUGAAUGACGGGAGAAUCGUCGCAGCCGACCUCAGUUACUUCCUGAAUGGCGGAAACUCAGUUGACGAAUCGCUGAUGGUGAUGGAGAAAAUCCUCCUCCACAUGGAUAACGCCUACAAAAUCCCAAACCUGCGAGGACAGGCGUUUGCCUGCAGAACCAACAUGCCGUCCAACACCUCAUUCCGAGGCUUCGGGGUGCCACAGGGCCUGCUGGUGGUGGAGAACAUGAUUCAUGAAGUUGCCAUGUUGUUGCAGAAGCCUGCAGACCAGGUCCGUGAGGUCAACAUGUACCGCGACCCGUCGUCCAUCACAUUCUACAAGCAGCAGUUCAGUCCGGAGAACAUAUUGCGCUGCUGGGAUGAGUGUAAGAUGAAGAGUGGGUUCGAUGCCCGACGACAAGCUGUUGACCAAUUCAACCGGUCAAACCGGUGGAAGAAGAGAGGUCUGGCUAUCAUUCCCAUCAAAUACGGCAUUGGCUUCGCUGAGAGCUUUUUAAACCAGGGGGCAGCGCUGGUCCACAUCUACAAGGAUGGCUCGGUUCUAGUCACUCACGGGGGCGCUGAAAUGGGUCAGGGGGUCCACACCAAGAUGCAGCAGAUCGCAAGUCGUGAGCUGCACAUUCCAAAGUCCAAGAUCUUCAUCAGCGAGACCUGCACCAACACAGUUCCCAACACAUGUCCAACCGCCGCCUCUUUUGGGACAGAUUCCAACGGCAUGGCUGUCAAGAUUGCAUGUGAGAUUCUGUAUCAGCGUCUGGAGCCGAUGCGACAGAAGAACCCCAAAGGAUCCUGGGAAAACUGGGUUAGUGCAGCGUUCUUUGAGAAGAUCUCCAUGUCAGCCACCGGAUAUGCCGGCGGUCCGGAUCUUUGCAUGAAUUGGGAGAAGAUGGAGGGGCACCCAUACUCGUACUAUACCUUUGGUGCGAGCUGCUGUGAAGUGGAGCUGGACUGUCUGACUGGAGACUACAGGACGGUGAGGGCGGACGUCGUGGUCGAUAUCGGCAGAAGCAUCAACCCAUCAGUGGACAUUGGGCAGAUUGAGGGGGCCUUCACGCAGGGUCUGGGCUUGUUCACCCUGGAGGAGCUCAAGUUCUCCCCAACCGGAGUCCUGUACACACGGGGUCCGUCUCAGUAUAAGAUUCCUGCUGUCUGUGACGUGCCGCUGACAUUCAACGUGUACCUCUUGUCCGACUCGUACAACCCUCAUGCCAUCUACUCUUCCAAGGGCAUCGGAGAACCCGUUCUCUUCCUGGGCUGUACCGUCUUCUUCGCUAUUAAAGACGCCAUUGCGGCCGCUCGUGCUGAGACUGGACUCCAAGGCCCAUUUCGUUUGGACAGUCCAGCAACUGCAGAGAGGAUCAGCCGGAGCUGCAGCUCCCCCUUCAGCCAGAAGAUUCCACCUGCUGAACCAGGAUCUUUCCUCCCGUGGGCACUGAACAUCUGAAACCACUUACGUGAUCGAAUCAAGAGUUUGUUGUGAGGAGGUCAAAAUUAAGUAUUUGAUUUAGAAUUGGAAAUAUUUUACCAAACAGUGGUAAUGAAUAUCAUUGACAUGAUGAGCUACAUAACAUUGGUUUGAAACACAUGACUGACGAGAAUGUGAUGUAAAUGGGAAUCUUGGCCUCAGGCGGGUGGAGUCCAUUCCAGACAGAGGAGUUGCCACAAGAGGUGGAGUGUUCUGCAUAUGUGAUCAGACAUAGGCACAUCUGAUUUUUUUUUCAAUCUCUUAUAAAACUAAACAAAUUAGUUAAAAAGUAAUUAAAUGAUUUUAUAGUGUAUUCGGUCAGAAUGUCAUGUAAUCUCAUCCUUUGAUUUUAAGUGUUUUUCAUGCGUUUCAUUCGUGAUUUUCAUGCAAUAUGGAAAUCAUUUUUAAUUUUGGGAGGAUCAGACAAUAUAAAUAUGAACACGUCAAUGAGUCACCCUAAAAUCAUUCCGGAAUGAAAAACAGCUGACUUGAGAAAUCUUUUCCUUCUGCAAUGCGUUCUGGGACGCUGGAUAACUUUUGUAAUGUCUUUCAGUUGCUUAGCUCUUAUUUUGGGGGGGAAUUUUUCCUGAAUGUAAAAAAAAAAAAAAAAUCACAAGCCAAAAAGAAGAUGAAGUUGAUGUGAAUGCAAACAUUAUUGUUUCAACACAACUCAAUAUUAAAUUUCACCAAAUAAAUGAAGACGGGAGAAUAAUGAUGAUUACUAUUUUCAUAAUUUUCAUUCAUGCGUGCACUAGGUUCAUUCUAAAAACGUGGUAUGACACUUUUUAUAUAAUUCCUUUUUUUUAUGAGUUGCUAUAGAAGUAUGUUGCUGACAUGCUAUGUUUUUCUCACUGAGUGCUGUUGCAAUAUGACAACAAGCUGGAGCGUUGAGUGGCCAACAUGAAAACAAACAACUACUAUGGUGUUGAGAGGCAGUGAGGACCUAUGAGGCAAACAGUGGUUUUAGGUCUUAAUUCUACCUCUGCCCCACCUUUAUUAUGUUUCCUUUCUUCCUCCAUUGUUGGAUUGAAAUGUUAAAUUGUAAUUGAUUAAAAAAAUGAGUAAUGUCCUUCAAACAAUUAUGGUUUUAUUGAGAAUCUCAAAAUAAAAAUCAAAGCAAAUAAUGUGAUUGUGU